CGACAACUAGAUACUCCAGAGCCCUGUGUGGGCCUCUACCUGCCUAUGCUAUAACCACUCACAUAAAUAUGGCGACCAGUGCAAUUCAACCACAGCCGUUGAGUGCCCCUCUGAACGAGGAUGCCGUUGCAUCUCUUCAAGCCCUAGCCAAAGACAAGACCCUGACCACAAAACUCGCCAAAUAUCUCAAAGAUGCCUCGGAGCAUCUCGCCCAGACGGUCGACCAAUUGAACGAGAUAGGCUACGACCGACGCAUUAAACAUGACAAACACCGGAAGAGACGGGACGCAAACGAUGAAGGUCACGAUGAUGCGGAGCGGGACUUUGAAGAAUUCCAAGCCAAGGUAGAGACGCUCACGAAUAAAAUGGACAUGAGCAUCCGCGCGAUAGUCGACCAUCAAAUCUGGUUGGAAGAUCUACCCAACGCGAUCAAAGAGGCCGCAGGAAAGGCCGAUGGACCAUCAUCUACACAGACCCAACAAUCAUACAAUCCCACACCGCUCUCUCCUACACGACGCACCAUUCCCGACGACGACGACGACGAGGACGACGAAAAUGACGAUGAGGAUGACGAAGGAGGUCGUCCAUCACGAACGACAACCCGAAACUCGACAAGAUCCCAACCCGCUGCCCCUCGUCCAGCCGACACACCGCACGUUUUGUUGUCCGAGGCCCUCCAGAAACAACACCGAGAGUGGUCCAGCAAGACCCCUACCGAGAAAUACGCACACCACAACUUUUACGCGGGCUUCAGACGCAUGCUCUACGACGCCCUGCACCCGGGUGAAGAGCAGCCGCCCAUGCCCGACCCGGGUCUCUGGUUCGCCGCCGAAGAAGGCCGCGACAUUCUGUUGUCGCAACGGCCUCGGCGCGGCGGUGGCGGCGGUGGCGAUGGUGACGAGUCCUCCGACGAGAGCGACGUCGAAAUCGCCCGCGAAACCACCCGAAUCAAGUGUCCGAUCACGCUCCUCCCAUUCCAGGACCCCGUCACGUCACAAAAAUGCAAACACUCGUACGAAAGGGAAGCCAUCUUGGGCAUGCUCCGGACCUCGCGCGACCACGCGCCCCUGAGUUCCGACCAGCUGCACGAGCUGAGCCAGAUCACCCACCGCUCGGAACGGUCGCGGCGCGAGCGGGAAAUGCAAACUCGCACCGUCAAGUGUCCCGAGUGCAAUGUCCCCCUCACCAGAGACGACCUUGAACCGAACCUGGUCCUGAAACGACGCGUCCAGAGACUCCUAGCGCUCGCGGCCAAGAAGAACCGAGAGGAGACGGCGACGAGUGAUGUUGACGAUGAUGAAGACGAAAACGGACUCGACGUACAAGGCACCCACCGUAGACCAGUCGGUCUUGGAUCUAGCCCCGUGAUCCCUUCGACCACAGAGGGCAGGAAACAAUUCAAGGCGGAGAGACUUUCUGGUGUCCGUGGUGGCCGGCGUCUCGGUGGCGCUGAUGACGAUGAUGACGAUGACGAUGAUGAAAACAGCAGUAGACUUGGGACACCGUCGAGAAAUCAAUUGCCUCCGGAUUCCACCAUGACGACGACAAUUCUUGAGCUGGGGGACGAUGAUUGAGCGAGUUGGCUGGUUGGAACCGAACCUUUCAUGAAGCAAGUUCUCAAAGAGGCGUGUGUACCGAGGAAAGAGAUAGUCUCGACUUGGUAGACGUGGUUUGAUUUGGGUGUCGACAAUGUCCAAAAGAGAGCACGUAUACAGUACCUAGUAUAUACAGUAGGUAUGAUUUCUACCAGAGAGUCAUUCUUUGAUCCCUAGGUAGGUAGUCAUGUGUUGAGAGACAAGAAAGUAUGAUGAGCCAUGAAA